CUUGCUCAGUGUGUGCAGGCGAACAUGCGGACGAUGUUCAAAUUUCAACUCGAGAACCAGCGCUCGCUUUCCGCCAGCUGUCAAAAAGUAAAGAACCCAAGGGGCAAACAGUUUACACGCCUUCCCUCAUCGUUUUAAGAGCUGUAAACCAAGGCCGGACUUAUUUGCACCACACCUCGCCUAGAUAUUCAUUCAUAAAGUCCGUGGAGCAUCACAUACGAUCCAACUUGAAAUUCAGUUUUUUCGUUUCUUGAUCCACCAUUGAAUACCGGUUUUCUAAUAAAUUCGGUCGUUCUUAUUCUUUUGCUGAAAAAAACUGAUACCCGCUGAUCGCAAAAAGAAUUUUUUUUUCGAAUCCGCUCUCUUCUCUCGAACUUAUCAACAUGGCCACUCCCGCUGAGAUUAUCGCUGCUCGCGUCAAUGGCACGUAUCUUGCCGCAGCGCAAGACGAGCCUGUUUCCUCGAAGCCUUCUUCAAAGAGCACCUCAGUCAAUGAAGAGACUCGUUGUCUCUCUGAUGAAUCUGCUUUUCCCGUUUUGGGUGGCGGCGCCCAGUCUCUGGCUGGCUCUUCCGUGUCUACCUCAUGGGGCCCAUCGUCCAACGGGAAGUCGCCAGUUUCAUACGCUUCAUCGACAAACACGUCUUCCAAGGCUGCUGUCAACGGCCCAAAAUUCAAGUCUUCGUCCAUCCAAUUGGCGUUUUCCUUAGACGCCGAGGACCAGUCGAACAUCGCCAGACCGGAGUUUAUCAAGAUCAUGAACUCGAUCAAAGCCUCGACUUCCAGUAGCAUUGAGUGCACGACUUCCCAGCACACCAAGAAAAGAACCUUUUUGAUCACUGGAAAGCCGGAACAGGCCAAGCAGGCGAAAAGACUCAUCAUCAAGAAGUUGACCAAGCCUGUGGUAAUCUCCUUUGUGAUUCCUGCUAAAACCAGGGCUAAGGUGAUUGGUGCCCAAGGUAGAAACUUGAAGCCGAUUAUUCAGGAGAACGAGGUAAAAAUCGACAUUGGCCAGUUCGACGGGUCUGCUUCUCCAUCUCCCGUGGAUGACGAGGAUGACAUUUACGCCCAGACAGUGAACGUCGCCAUUGAAGGUGACGUCGAGGGAUGCAAGCAAGCCAAAGCACAAAUCAUGGCAAUUGUCAACGAGGACCUCAAGAACUCCCAAGUCAGAGUUCUUGUCGAUGGAUUUGUCAAGCCUUUUGUAGCCAAGGCAUUGGGCGGCCUUGUUUCCAAAUACCCUGACCUUGACUUCACCUUUCCUCCCUAUGGCUCGUCUUCCAAGUCUAUCAUCAUCGUGGGCGACAGAGAGGAUUCUCUUGCUGCCAAGGAGGAAGCCAAGGAGCUCAUUCAGGAGUUGCUCGCUACUCUUGUUAUAGAAUUGGUGGCUAUUCCAAAGACUAAGUUUUCCUUCAUCCCAGUUACCCAGGUUUUGGAAGAGGAUAACGUUUUGGUGGAAUUGCCCGAGGAUGAGGACUCCCCAGUUAAAUUUAUUGGCGAGAAGGCCAACAUAGCUCCAGCCCAAGCUAAGGUGAAGAGUAUCAUUGCCCAGUUUAAGGUUGAGACAAUGGAUAUGUCAAAGGCGCACAAAGGUAACAUUCCACACGUUAGAGCUGUUGCAGCAAUGUUCACCAAGUAUGGCAUAUUUGACGCCAUUGCUAAAGAAUAUGGGAUCAAGAUCAACUCUCCUGUCUUGAAUGUUGCUGAGAUCAAAUCCAUUCCAAUCGAAAUCAUUGUGAAGACGGAUGAGCCAGAGAACACAAAGAACGCCAGAAGAGCAAUUGUAACCGCUGUCAACAAGGUUACCCCGGAUCAAACUUUGGAGAUUUCUGACAUUGAUUCUUUUUUCCACUCGAAAAUUCCCGGAGCUCUUGACGAGAUUGCUGGUGCAAAAUAUGUUAUUCUUGAUGACUCUAAGAUUUAUCUUUUUGACUACUCAUCCAACCAAAGCGAUGACUUCGAGGAUUUCGAAGAUUCAUUCGCUCCUGUCUUGGCUGAAUGCCAGAAAGCCCUCGAAGGGAUAAAAGAAUUGCAGAGUACUUUAUCCACUUUCGUCUUGCAGGUGCCUUCUGCCCAGCAAAUUCACAUCAAAGGCCCCAACGGAACGACUUUGAGGACGAUAUUGGCGUCAGCUGAGCCAGGCUCAGUCGUAAUUAAGUUGCACUCUAAUGCUUCUGGGGUUUCCAAGAAUGAAGUUUUGAUCAAGGGCCUUAAAGCAGAGGCCAGUAAAGUACAGAAAGACAUUUUGGAAAUUGUUGAAGAGGCAGAGGAAUAUAGCGCUACUGGAGGAUACAGCACUACCUUUGAAGUGCCAACUUUUGUUUUGGCGAGAGUCAUCGGAAAGGGGGGCUCCAAGUUGAAUUCUCUCAGAGAUGAGUUUGGAAUUAAAAUUGACAUCGCAGGUGAUGCGAAAAACAGCGAGAACGUCGACAAAUCUCUCAGAACGGAAAUCACAGUGAAUGGUAUCAAGAGAAAUGCUGAAGGUGCCAAGGAUGCUAUUAAGAAAUUGGCCAACAAACUUGCUGAUGACACCUUAGUAAGAUUGAGAAUCGAAAAUCAAUACCACAGAAGAAUUGCCGGUCCUAACUUCACUUACGUUAACCGAUUGGAGGACAGGUACAACGUCAAGAUCAAAUUUCCCUCUGACACGAGCAGCAAUUACUCCGAUGCCCCAAAUAAUGAAAAUGAGAUCACCAUUAGAGGACCUUCGAAGAAUGUUGCUAGAGCCGAGGACGAAUUGAAGCAAUUGUACACGUUUGAAAAGGAAAACGGACACAAAUCAUCGAUUCGAAUUCCAUCCAAAGCUGUGGCUAGAGUGAUUGGAAAGAGCGGUGCUAUGAUCAAUGACAUUUCUGAUGCCACUGGUGUCGACUGCAAGUUUAACAAAAGUCCACAAAAGGAUGCUGAUGUUGAGUUUGUUGAGGUUGAACUAACUGGAUCGAAGUCUGCUUUGAAAGAAGCAACACAAAAGAUUCAGGAGAUUGUCAGCGAUGUUGAGAACUCGAUUACCGUGUCUAUUACUGUAGACCCCAAGUACCACCGUGAUUUGGUUGGUCCAAGUGGCUCAGUCUUGAGAGAGAUUAUCAGCAACGCUGGAGGUAAUGAUUUGUCCAGACAGGAAUAUCAUAGAUUACUUACGAUCCCCAACGAGGGUGCUGGAUCCGACCAAGUUGUGUGUCAGGGUAACAAACUUGUUGUCAACAAAAUUGUCGACCAAAUCAAGAAUAUUAUUGCAGAGAAAGAGGCUUCGAUCAAAGUUGAGUAUGAAUUGGCAAAGGAGAAACACAAACUCAUUGUUGGACCAGGUGGAUCCAUACGGAAGUCCUUAGAAGAGGAAUUUGGAGUUCAAAUUUACAUCCCAAAGGUGAAUGAAGCAUCAAACAUGAUUGAGUUGACUGGAUUACCUGAAAAGAUUGAGAAAUUGAAGGUUAAAUUAGAUGAGAUCACAAAGGAUAACUGGAAUGAAAGCAUUGACAUUCCAGUUAUCUAUCAUGCCAUGAUCUCGAACAGAGGUGCUACCAUUAAGUCGUUGAGAUUUGAGCACAACGUUGAGGUGUCAUAUGGUAAGUUUGCUAGAAAGGCUUCUUCAUUGUCCAACGCCUCAAUCCCAGCCCCACCCGAAGGAUCUGAGCCUGCAGAUGAGUCUGCCACAAAUUUUGUCACAAAGAAGGUCGAUGAAUCAUCUAAUGAAGGCUCCACUAUUCCUUGGAGAUUGAUGGGCGAGGCAGAAGCAACUGCUAAAGCAGCCCAGAUUAUAGAAAGUCAAUUGGCGAGAGCCAGACUUGUGACCACUGCCGGAUGGUUCUACUCAAAAAACCCAAGUGCGCAUUUCCCAAAGAUCGUUGGACCUCAAGGUAGCAAGAUCAAUAAGAUAAGACAAGCGAGUGGAGCUUUCAUCACCGUGCCCCGUACCAACGAAAAAUACAACAACUUCAUUUACUUGGUCGGUACCGAUGAGAGUUUGCAAAAAGCUAAUGAGGAAUUUCUCAAAGUUCUUUGAGCGGUUCUUCAAUUAGUCAAGGGUCCGACUGGGCCGUUUCCGGCGCGCCGAUAGGAAAAUUGCAUUUCCACAUGGCGCUGCGCCUUACCAAAGAAAACCAUAGAGUCACGUGCGAUUGCACAAAUGUCAACGAAAAAAGAAAUACCUGCUCACUAUCCUUAAAGAAGAAUUUCCGUACACAAUUUUAGAUGUAGAGAACAAGACUGUCCGCGGAUUUAGACGUUAUAGACUGCUCGCUUAGAGUAUAGUUUUUUUGGAGAAGCCUGAGUUUGUACUGGAUUGUAGACUCCAAAACCCCUGAUAGUGAUUUUUUCUUUUGCAACAAGGACCCCUCUUCAAUGCAUGACUGCUGACCAUAUAGAUUCACGUCUAACUAUGGUGGCAGAAAGAUGUUGCCCGCCCA